CGGGAAGCGGCACAACGGGGUCCAUGUUGUUUUGCUAGCUGCCAUUUAACUCCUUGUUAGCUGCUUGACAGAGGACACAGUCAGGUGAUAAAAAGCUGAGGCGACAUCAUCAUGAGGAGGAGGAAGAUGAAGAGGAGGAGGGUGGUGCGAGCAGUCCUCUGAUCUCUGUCCGUCUGCAUGGAGGAUGUGGUUCUGCACUAUCAGCCUGGAUCUGCUGCUGGACUCAGCUCUCUGUUAGAGAGGACCGAGAAGCUCCUGGAGUCUUUCCCCUGUCGGACUCCUCCGGCCUUCAUCCCCUGGUUCCCCUCGUCCGCAGACCGCCACCUGCCCAUCAGACCUGCCAGACCAGCUCCCGUCAUCACCUCCUCUGCUGAUCUCCUCGUCUCUGGCAGCAGAGCACAAAACACGCUACGGAAGCCUGAGGUAGACGGUGUUGUUGCUGAAAAACCUCAUCGUUGUCCACGUGCAGAGACGAGACAGAAGAAUCCACAAAAACCCAACGAUGACGUCGGAGUCUCCGAAACCCCAAACCGUCUCCUCCCCGUCUCAGAGAGAGCGAUCGGCGGACCGUCUCCUGACAAACACAGAGACGGCUUCCCCGUCACGGACUCGCCGGUCAAACGGUCGUGGAGCGUCUUUGCACAGAAAGGAGUUCUGCCGCAGUCCUCCCAGUCGCUGUCCAAGCCGUUCCAUCGCAUGGUGUCCGUCCACCGGCUCCACCUCCGCCAGAGGGCCAAAUGGGUGAUCGGUCAGCACAACUGUGGGGCCGCCAGGGACAUCGAACAGGUGUGGCGGGCUCUGAGCCGGUCCGUCCGGAGCUCAAAGCUGCCGACGUGCAACGCCAACAUCCAGAGGGAGCGGGCGGAGAUCUGCGUGUUCUGUGACGUUCUCCACUCCGAGCAGGUGGGACGCUUCCUGAAGGAGGAGCUGCAGCUGUCGGGGAGGAUCCACCUGUCGGUCCACAGACUGGGAACCGUCUUCAGCAUGUAGAGCAGCCUCAGACAGACAGCAGAUGUUGUGGUCGCACUGACGAACAAUAUUUAUAUUUUAUCAUCAAACUCUGAGACUCUUCUCAGCAGCAGUCUUCAUGAUUUUAUCUGUUACAUUAACUGUAUGUUUAUGUUUUUGCUCCCCAGAGGAUGAAUCCGAAUGAUUUUAUUUUGAUCUAAUUCGGAUGCUGAUUUGAUGAUCAGCAACUAGUUCUGGGUUGUUUGCCGGAACCAGUACAAGCAUUUAGAUUCUGUGCUGGAUAAUAAAAUAACUUUACAGGGUAAUUGUGUGCGUAUCAACAUGAACUUGGUGCAGUUUGUCUUGAAUCCAAUGCUCAUAACGACAAGAUAUUGAUGAGAUAUUGACAGUAAGUGAGGUUAGCGGUCUGUUAUCGCUCACCCGGCGUCUCGAUCCAUGUUUUUAUUCAUAUUACUGCUUCAUUAAUGGACUGAACUGAGGGUUGAACCCUCCAACAUGCGUCUGUUGAAUAUUUAUGAAUAUGAGAACAAAUGCUUGUAUAUUUUUAUAUUGAUCACUGUGAUGUAAAUAAAUAUUUUUAAUGUA